UUCAGGGAUAGAUCAAUUAUAUUAUAUAUGUAAGGCGACAGCAACUGAAAACUAAAUUCCAAAUGGGAUAGAAUUGUGAAGGCAUAUAUGGAGUUAACGUAUAGGCUAGUCUGCUCGUAUCAGAUUUACUAACUGCCAUUAUCUAAAAAAAAGAUUAACUAACUGCAUGGCUAGCUGCAGGCUGAUCCAAUUGAAACCAGCUAGCUAGAGCUAGCUCAGAAGAGGAAGAGAUGAGAUGCAAACUGGUGGCCUAACAAUCAAGCAACGGAGGUACUAAAUUUCAAGAUCAUGAUAUAUACUAGUACAAAAUAAAUUCAUAACGAUAUUAUUAGCUGUGGUUCAAGAAAACAGUACACCGAGCUUUGAAAAGCUUAAUUCGCAAGUUAUCACACACACAUCUGGUCUUGAGGAUUGCUUGAAGGGCUUGUUGGUUGAUGCUGACCAAUUACUCAUUGAAUUACAAAAUGGGCUUUCUCAGCAAGAAGUGAACUUUGUACAUUUAUUGAGCAGCAGCAUGAGGGACUCUCUAGAAAUUUAGAGAGAACAAAGUCCGUUUCUGCAACUACAGUGAACUUCUUCCUAACUAUAGAUGCUCAUGCAUUGGAGCUGACAAAGAUCUUGGAAGAAUCACAGAUGGCACAUCAAAAGCUACUCUUCCAGCUUCAGAAGAAGUUUGAGGUCUUUGCAGCUGAUGAAGAGAAGUACUUGAUGGAGAAGGUAGCAGGGUUACUGGCAGAAUCAAAUGCUAGAAAGAAAAAUAUGGUUCGAGAUGAUAUAUGCAGCCUUGACGAGACUGCUUUUGAGCGUUCCAACAAUUUACAAGCUGAAACCAGCAAGCUUCAUGAUUUUACAUCUUCUAUGAGAGAGCAAUGGGAAUCCUGCAUGGAGAGAAGUGAAGAGGCAUUCCGCCAAAACGUAUCAUCUAUUGAACAGAAGAGAUGCUUCUUGGCGGAGAAUCUUCAGCAAUGCAAGACAAGGGCAGACUCGUGCUCAGAACAAUGGAUUGCUGCUCAGAAUUCAGUACUGGCGCUUGGAAGAAGCAAUGCAGAAGCCAUGGCUUCAGUCAUAAGUGACGGAAACAAGGCAAACAACCAACUUCAUACAAGAUUUUCAUCUGCUGCCACCGCUGGAUUUGAAGAUAAUGAUGUUUCAUGCAAAUCUCUUCUUUGUUCUAUGGAAGAUUCAUUGAAGUUAGACCAUGGCAAUUGCGAGAAUGUGAAAUCUAUGAUCAUCGCAUCGAGAGCGGAACUCCAACACUUACAACAUGGGCACCAUGAAAAGACGACAGAAAUCUCAGGGAAUGCCGACAGGUCUCUGGGAGAUUAUUAUAAGGUGGAUGAAGCGACCUGUUCAACACCGAGAAGGCGUGAGAUUAACAUUCCGAGCAGGCAAUCAAUGGGGGAUUUGGUAACUCGUGUUGAAGAUGUUGUGAAGUCAUUCUGGGACAGCACGACACCGACGAAACUUGUUGGAAAUGGAAAUGGGAAGCAGCACCGAGCAGCUUCGACUCUGGAAACCCAGUCCCAGAGAGCUCCUCUGGCUACAAUUAAUUAACUAGAAGAAAUAUUAUUACUGUAUAGAGGAUACAUAUGUUUAGUGGAUGUUCAAGUGGUGGUCUGGGGGAUAAAAUCGAUCGGGAGUGCAUUGUUGGAAGAUGAAUACCGCACUAAAUCUUUUAGUUACUUCAUCUUUUUGCUACGAUCGAGACUGCAUUGUUAGCUAGAAUGAGAGAAGAUGAAUUAAUAUAACUAGCCGAGUGCCCACGCAAUUGCGCAGCUAGUUAUCCCUAUAAUUUGUUGUUGGAAUUUUCACGGAGCAUAAUUGAUUAUUCCUUUUCAUUAUGAACCUUUUUUACACAAUAGUAGGCACUACAACACUGGUAAUGACUCUGUAAUUUCUGAUUUCGAAUUCGGAGCUAAAUGAAUGCCAUUAGUGUCUCUGUUUCGGCGCUA